AUGCAGUUUAAGUUAAUCAGGCUACAAAAUGAUCCAAUCGAAAUCCCUAGUGAGAAUACUGACCAAACAAGUGAUAUUUUAACUGAUAGCGAGAACUUAGAAUCCGAUGAAAUGCCGCCAACAUUUAUUCGAAGAAUUCACAUAACAUUCAAAACUGAACCAUUGUAUGCAAUAGUUUACGGUUCAACUGGUAUUAAACAAUUAAAUGUUUUGCAUGCAUAUUGUCCAGUUGCUAUGAAAUUGUUGAUGGACAGUACACUGAAGUCACUUAAGGUGUCAUGCGACGCCUUUCUGAGUCAUCAGUACGAAGGAGUAGAACAUAACAUUUUAACCGUUACCUUGAUUGUAUCACCUGGGCAAUUGGAAUCAGAUCUUUCAACAACCGUGUUAAGGGAGGAGUUCAACGAAUUGCUCAAUAUAAAUAAAAGAAACGCAAUAACCGACAGCGAUUACCUAAGUGAACUUGGAAGACUAGAUAAAAUUCAACCACCGGAGUACUAUGUCAUAGAAAUACCUUUUUCUCCAAACGCGAGUGAUAUUGACUUUUGUGGAAAUAUGGCUACAAAAUUGUCGGCAAGACAUCCAGGUUUCGAAGAAGCACUGUUGGCAUGUGCAAAAAAAUUGCCGGAACUGACAGUUGUGACAGAACUAUCGACCGAAACACUACUAGAAAAGGGAUACUUUAGCGAUAUUCACACGGCUACCGAACGCAUCAGGAUCGAUUCAACAUUUUGCUUAUCGUCUGAACAAUCAAAUAUUUAUUUUUGUUAA